UCACGCCCCAGUCUUAGGCCCCCGUCUUCGUAGAGCUGUUUCUCAGACUUUAUUUCACCAACCAUCGUGACACCCUGCCCCAUUCCUGAGACUUUUGUCGCCGUAUUCCAGUCUCUUUGACGAUUCUGGACGAUUACGAUUUAUGCUCCUUUACUGCCAAUCCAAUCCCGUCCUUCAAGCCUUCAGUAAAUCAGAAAUCGAUCUUAGAUACCGCACUGUGCGGAACAAACGUGGCUCUUACACGCCUUAUUUGCGAUCGAUGAUUGCUAUUCGGGGAACGACUCUGCUUCGGCUUCAUUCCCAAAUCAUUUACAUGAUAUCCAUGUUCGACGGAGAGAAUGAUUGCUUCAUUUCCUUGUGACAUCAAGCACUUUCGUUCCUCUUCGUGCCAACAUGGGUUCACUAUCGACUGCCAGCGCUGUAGCGUUGGUUCUGUACUGCGCUGGGUCACUUCUUUGGCGAUAUCUCAGAUACAGGCUCCUUAGAAAGCAGACUUGCGUACCCGAUCUCGAACAGCUGGGAUUUUCCAGGAGCACGGAUAAGAAGAUCCACGGUACAGCGGUUAUUUGUGGUGGAAGUCUUGCGGGCCUCUUUACUGCUCGUGUUUGCCAUGAUCACUUCGAUGAAGUCGUCAUCGUUGAACCGGAAGUAUGGGCGGACCGGCCGGAUGCAAAGCGCCAGGAUGUGUGGAAUCAGGAAAAUACCCGUACCCGCAUCAUGCAAUACGAGUCUUUUCAUGGACCCCUACAACGACUCGCCUUUAUGGCACUAUGUAAUCUAUUUACAGGCUUUGCAGGAGAAUGCGAGGCGUCAGAUAUACGUGUUGGAUCUGCUGAUUAUCCGGUCUCGACGUGGGGACGUUGGUCGAAGAAACCUUAUGAUCAGUAUAAUGGCGUCCUUCCCGACACAGUAUUUGCUAGUCGUCCUGGUUUCGAAACGCUUCUGCGCCGUUUGGUCCUCGGCGGUCGUUACAAGAAUAUUCGCCAAGUUAUUGGCACGGUCACCGGUGUCUCUCGUAACGCAUCCAACCCUGAAUAUCUAGAUCGUGUGACAAUCCGUACCACCUCAGGCACACGAGAAAUCAAUGCUGCUCUGGUUGUUGAUUGUACCGGUUCGGCAUCGGCGGGUAUGAAAUGGCUGCGACGCGAGGGGUAUGGACAGUCAGAGACUUACCCUAGUGGAAAACUCCCUUUGGACGAACUGAAAAUUGCAUACGACCAGAAAAUCAUUUAUUCGACGAUCAAGUUUCGCGUCCCGCCUGAACUGGGCGAAAGGUUUCCCGGCCUUCCGACAUCUUUCAAAAAAUGUGGCCUUAUCUAUGUUUGCAUUGCCGACCCUGCGUUGGACUGCCGCGGUAUAUCGCUUCAGCGUAUUGAAGGAAACUUUGUUCAAAUUUGCUGUGCCGUUUUUGGCGCAGACGAGCUUCCCCGUACAGUUGAAGAGAUCAAAAAAUAUGCACAGUCGAUCGUCACUCGAGACCCUAUGCCGCCGUCGCUUUUUCAGAUCCUUGAUAUGCUGGAAGAGGUCGAAGAUACCAUGACUUGCAGCCAAAUUCCAUUCCCUGGGGCAAGUUAUAUAAGGUUCGACAAGGCUGUCAAUCUACCACCGAAUUGGAUAGCUAUUGGCGACAGUGUCAUGAAAGUCAACCCUCUGUUUGGGCAAGGAGUCGUAAAGGCGCUGAUGGGUGCGAUAUGCCUUAACACCUUGUUGCAAAAGCGUGACGCCACCGCUGGAAUCCCGAGAGACUUUUCGGCCGAAUUCUUCGAGAUGCAGGGUAAUAAGAUCUCGCCUUUCUGGGAUGCAGACAAGGUUUGGGAUUACGGAUAUCAUACCACUGUUCCUAUCGCUGGAGAGAAGCUGUCCGACAGCUGGUUCCCUCGAUGGUACACUAGGAAGCUCAUCAUGCUUUCGUUUGAUGAUGUGCAAGCGGGGUCCAUACUAUGGCACAUUAAUAUGCACCUUGCGCCUCCAAUCGAUGCUAUGCACCCGCGAAUCGUCUUGAAGAUCCUUUGGACCACCUUCAAGAGCUUGUUUGGGACAGAAUAAAAUUAUAGGCAUCUGCCGACGCCGCGAUUGAUCUAAAUCUCAUAGCUUUUGUGUCCGUGAAAAAGCACGUCUCUAAUAAUGGUUUCCGAUUUGUGACCUUGCUUGCUUUAAUAGUGCUGGCUUCAACAGGGCAUCAAUGCUCGUCUAAGCACUGAUUGCAGGUAGUAACCGCAGUGAAUCAAUCAGAAAUGAUGGAAUAGCUCUCCCUGUGUCCCAUGUCGGUUUGACGAGGGGACAAGUACAUACGGCCGAGGGUGUUCGUUCAGAAGAAAUUUGCGGAAGACAGUAGUAAAUCCUCAACAAGUAUGUCGAUCCAUAGCCAUUCGGAUAGCAUGACAUAUGUCAUAAGAGGUAGUAUGAAUGGUUGCACUG